AUGCCAGGAAUUAUAUCGACAAUCUUUCAACCUCUCAGGUUUGUUAGACAAAGUCUGCAAGUUGCUUCUACCUUUACCCCUGGUUUAGUAAAACCAGAUUGCCAUUUGCUGUCAUCAGUUCGAACUAAAGUACGUUGCUAUUUUCCACGGCCAAACGAAGUAAGGCGAGUCCGCAGGCACGGUUGGGAAACAAGAAUUUCUACUCCUAAUGGCCGUAAAGUUGUAAUGAGACGAUUGCUAAAAGGAAGAUUUGUUUUAAGUCAUUAA